GCGGCAGACAAAAGCGCAUGAAAAAUUCAUAAGAUUUUGUGGCGGUCCGUUCCAUCAUCAUUCGUCGUCGUCAAACUAGUCGUCCUCGUCCUCGUCCACGUCCACAUCGCUUUCGUUGUCGUAGCAUUUCGUCAGAGAGUUGUGACAACAACAAUAGCAACAACAAUAACAGCAAAAACAAUUGAAAGGAAAGGAAAACCACAACGGCAUAAAGAGCGACGACUACUCCUCCUGUGGCCCUAAGCGUCUGUCAUUAGGUGUAACGAGUCAACAUGCAAAUUGCCUGCGUCGGACCCAGCACCGAUCCCCAUCCAAACGAGAGCACCAGCAGCCAGCACCGGAGCCAGAGCCAGCAUCCGCAUCUGCAGAAGCAGAAGCAAGAGCAAGAGCAGGAGCAGGAGCAGGACCCGCAGCAAAAGCACAAUAAAAAUUGCCUAUAAAUGGGCGGAAGAGCAAGAGGAAGUGGAAAAGGAAGGCAGGACGGUCGUUCGCUGGAUGUGGGGGCCAUGGAUAUACGCACAAGGACAACAUCAGGAGGAGAAGAAGCAGCAGCAGAACCCCACCGAAUGGGUGGAGCAGGCCAGGGAGGAGUCAAACAGUACAACAAAGCCAACAAACUUCCGCAUAGGAUGCGCCGGAACGGAAGCUAUUUUGGCCGCCUGAACGUGAGCGUGUUCCUCAUCUACUUGUGGUGCUAUCUGCUGCUGAUAAUGGCCGCAUCUGGCGGCAGCAACAAUGUGGUGAACGGCCUCAAAUGCUACUGCAAUCCGAAGGAAUGCGAUGUAAUACGCUCGCUCGACUGCCCCGGCAAGGGCCUGAUGCUCUGGGAUCCAUGCAAAUGUUGUCGCAUCUGCGCCAAGACCUUGGGCGAAUCCUGCGGCGGUCCCGGCGGUUUUUCUGGUCAAUGUGAGCCGCCCCUGCAGUGUGUGACCAAGCUGCCCAUUAGCAGCGGUCUGGGCGUGUGCAUGGAUUUGCAACACCUGACCGCCCUGACCUCGUCGCAUGACAACUGUACCGAGGCGGAGUCCAUUGUCUUGCAGCCGGGCUGCGAGAUCACCAACAAGCGCUGCCAGUGCUGGCCCAUCAUGCGCACCUGUCUCAGCGAGCUAUCCAGCGACGGGGCAUCCCCCAAUGACUCACGUUGGCACUUCAAGAACUUGGAGGACUGCCAGUUGAAUUUGCAAAAUCUCAUCAAGCUCGAACUGGAAUUCGAUGGAGACUACAAAAUCUCACCGAGCAAAUUCACCUACAAAAAGCUCCGCAGAAAGCGAAAGUCCUUGAGGAAACGCAUCAUCAUCUUGGACGAUUGAGGACCACACUCAGAAAGCCAUAUGUAACGUCCUCUCUCUCUAUUGUAUGUUCUCCGAAAAACUCAGCAAAAACCAAACGAAAGAUCUUGUACAGAUAGUAUGCUUACUUCUAAAUGAUAAUAUGGCUAUUAUAAAUACCAAUACAUAUACAUACAUAAAUACCUAUACAUAUACAAAGGGGAAAUGCAUACAUAUUAAUAGUGAAAUAAAGCAUUUGUAUGUGUAUCCCAAGACAUUUGUUACUUUAUUGCGCGCAAUUUUUCCUAAAGAACUAACGAACUAAAGAUCCCCUCAACAAAAAUACAUGCCUACAUACCAUACAUACAUAAACAA